GCUGCUGUUCCACUCGCUACAUCCAGAGUUAGCAAGAUGAGCGGAUCAGAAGGUAAAAAGGGCUCUUCCUCCGGUGUGAUGGAGUGGAUCGGUUCAGCUUGUCGGUUUGCGACAGACAGAAACGACUUCAGAAGGAAUCUUCUGGUCAACCUGGGCCUGUUUGCAGCUGGUGUCUGGGUUGCACGAAAUCUCUCCGAUUUUGACCUGAUGUCUCCUCAGCCCGUGACAUAACCUGGUCAAAAUACACCACAGCCAAAACCAGGAUGAUGGUGUCUUGGACCAGCAAAAAA